AUGCUGUUGAAUCUUGGUCUCACAGCGGAUGCCGCAGCAGCUCAUCCUCUGGAUUCCACCUCGCGACCAGACACGCCGCCCACUGUCAACUCUCCUUACUAUACAGCCGCUUUUUCGUUGCCCACGCUCCCUCUCCUAGGGCAUUUCUACCCCAAAUUACCGCAGCCGGAUGCUCCUACGACCGGCUCUGCGACUGCCAGCGGUUCUGGCCACCCUGCGGGAUCAGUAUCCGGCCCGGCCAUGAGCCCCGUCGCAACGUCGGGCGAAGGCGAGUCCUCACAAGCGCCACCACCUACGCUCACUAGACCUCGUGUCAGCUCGAAUACCAACCGGAAGUUGACGCGCCCAAAGACCUCGUAUCAGCUCGCGCACCCUGCCGCACAUGCUCGUCACAAGCGUCUGAAACUCCGCCCCCGGCUGCUGCUUCAACUCCAGCAGGUGUCGCAGACACCGCGGCCUUUACCGAUUCUAGAUGUCCUCCCAUCCACUCUAUAUCUGCCACGCCUAGCUCGAAGAUUCCCGGCGUUGUUUCGCGGCCGAAAUGGAUUAGGCCCGAACGAUCUCAUCAUUGUGAUGAGUGAACUAUACGAGCGGACCGUUUCCAGUAUCCCCGAGAAACAGCCAAGCGUAGAAGGUGAGGAUGAGGACCACCGCGAAGUUGUGGCCACCAUCUGCCAGAUGCUCCAGGAAGACGCGCGCUUGAAAGGGAAGGCGGAGAUCUGUCUGAACUUCGGACCGGUCUGGGAAGCGACCCCGUUACCGAGUGGUUCCUAUGAGUUUGUGGCCCGCACGGACAAUGGCUUGCGCAUUAUGCGAUGGGCAUUGCGAGCUGGAAAGAGCCGUCGCGUCUCAUCUGUUGCCCCGGGUACUCCGUCGCGUGACGACGGCAAGCGCUUCACCUUCAGCGUGAUCGAUCCUCACACUCGUCGGCAUCCCGUCAUCGCCUCCUUGACCCGAAACCAUUUAGAAGUUUUCGAUGAAUAUUCCGCCAUCGCUCGAUCGAGUACAGGCCCCACCACACCCACUUCAGCGAUGUCGGUUGUUAGUGACAUGUCGGACACUGAAGCUCCUCUCGAAUCCAGCGACGUGGUCACCGUGGAUGAUGGUCUGCGCACACUGAUCAUCACUACUGGCAUCUGGGUCGCCUUCCGCGAGGGUUGGUCUCACAACUUCAGUUAUGGCGACCCGGUCUCGGCACCCAACGGCAAAUCACUCGUCUCUCCGACCUCAUCCAAAACCGCUUCGCCGACAGUGACCAAGGCUGAGAGCAGUGCACUUGUCGAUCGGGAUGACCUGAGCCCUAUGGAAGAAGUCACCAACGGUGUGAACGGCAAGCGUUGCGCGUCUGUCUCUAGUGUCCGCCGGUCGAAUACCAUGGCGCCAGCCCCGUCGGAGGGAGGAAAGUCCUUUGGAAGCCUUUCUAAGCGUUCCAACUCCACCGGCGCCGCGUUCAUAGAAAGAGCCAAGCAACGGACUUCCUCGGGCAUCAGCAAUCGAUUGAAUCGACAUAGCAUGUUCACUGCCACCGGCGAAAACGGCCGCGAGAUUGUAGUCUCUCGUCCCCCAUCCUUACGUCAAAACUCGAACGAACCUGAAGAUGUCCCUACUCAACCCGGGCAAUACAAGAAGAAAAUAAAAGCUCAGCUAGCACCUGAAACUUCCAAACCAUCACCAUCCCCCGAUGGUUUCGUCGACCGUGCUCCGGCAGGGCCUUGCCAGCCUUUAACUGUGAAUGGGAAAGACCAUGACGCGGCAAAAACGAAACGACGACACCGAUUCAGCUCUCUCUUCGCGAUCUUUCACCGGAAACAGGGGACACACUGA